AUGAUGAAUCAAACAGUAAUAAUGGAAUUCUUGCUUCUGAGAUUUACUGAGAACCAGUUGCUAUUGAGGCUACAUGCUGUGUUCCUCUUACUGAUCUACCUACUGGCCAUAGUGGAGAAUUUAAUUAUCAUCCUCCUCACAAUUCUUGACCAACACCUCCACACUCCAAUGUACUUUUUCCUAAGGCACUUACCCUUCUUAGAUAUGUGUCUCAUUUCUGCCACAGUCCCCAAAUCCAUCCUCAACUCCAUCGCCUUCACUGACUCCAUCUCUUUUCUGGGAUGUGUGUUACAGGUCUUCCUUGAGAUACUAAUGUCUGGGUCCGAGAUUAGCAUUCUCACUGCAAUGUCCUAUGACCACUAUAUUGCCAUCUGUCGCCCUCUUCAUUAUGAGGCUGUUAUGAGCAAAGAGGUCUGUGUCCAGCUGGUGUUAGUCUCCUGGCUCAGUGGAGGGGUCUUUGGAGUCUUGUACUCAGCUGGGACAUUCUCUUUAAAUUUUUGUGGGUCCACUAAGAUACAUCAGUUAUUUUGUGAUGUGCCCGCCCUACUGAAGCUCACUUGUUCUGUGGAACAUGCAACUAUUAAUGUCAGUGUGGUCAUUGGGGUCUGUUAUGGAUUUUCAUGUUUAGUUUGCAUUGUGGUCUCUUAUGUACAUGUUUUCUCUACCGUGUUAAAGAUCCCAACCAGACAGAAGCAGGGCAAAGCCUUUUCCACCUGCUUACCUCACCUCUUUGUAGUGAGUACAUUCCUUCUAACAGGUGCUAUUGCUUAUUUAAAGCCAAACUCUGAUGAACCUUCUCUUCCUGACUUGUUCGUGUCUAUGUUCUAUUCUGUGGUACCCCCAACCUUGAACCCUGUUAUCUACUGUCUGAGGAGAAAAGAUAUUAAAUUAGCUCUUGUUAAAGUCCUAUGGAGAUUAGCUGAUUAUUUUACAGGAAAAUUAAACAUAUGGGCUUCCACCGUGAGCCAAAUGCCAGAGGAUAUUCAACAUGGUAAAACAAGUAGGGGAUUAAGAAGAUUACAAGUAGUUGCCAUUUCAGACAACAAAUUUGGGAAACUCAUAUGUGGAGAUAGUGAUUUGGGACAGCAUAACUUGAAGAGCAUACCAGCAGAAAGGGUUGUGGGAGCAGAGUUGGUGCUGUCUCAUCUUGUGAGAGCCCACUGGCCCUCAGAAGAGGCUGCAGUCCUUCAAGUUGUUCUUGAUGAUGAAGCUGGUGAGAGCAUCAAACACCAACUGCAUGUUCUUGGUGUCAGUAGUCCAGGUGAGGUGUGUAUAGAUCACCUUGGUAUCCUUGCACUUGUUCAGUUCCUCAGACUUAUUCUGGAUGUAGCUGCCUGCUUAGUCAUACUUGUUGGCCCCUAG